AUGUCCUCUAACACCGCCAGGAAUCCAAGUGACUCCUCCCGUCAGCGCAGGGCCCAUCUAAAGUCUAGAAAUGGCUGCAUGAGAUGCAAACGGCUGAGGAAAAAGUGCGAUGAAAGACGGCCUGAAUGCUCGCGCUGUCUGAAGCAGGGCGUCAAUUGCGAGUAUGCCACUAUAGCGGAUGGCGCCGAUGAAGCACCCACCAGCAGCGUUUCUGAACGGCAGGCGGCUCGCAACUCGGACUCGGAAAUGAGAGACUCAAUCUCUGCUGAACCGAGCUCCACGCACACACCAGCAGACCCGCGCCAUGAUAUGCGCGACCAUGGCGCGGAUGAUUCAGCGAUAAUGCCCGCUGGUGGCAGGCGGCCCAGCGGCCCCGUCCCGAGUCUGCCCAUGUUGAAUGCCCGUGAGCUGGAGCUUUUCAGCCACUACAUCACACACACCAGCCGUGUAAUUCCAUACGGCAAGGAAGACAUGUUCCCGCUGCAGGUCGGCAUGCCCAACCUGGCGUUUACAAACCCCGCUGUCAUGAGCUCCAUCCUUGCCUUGGCCGCAUCUUGCAAGUGUCAUGACAUGAUCGGGAGCUCUUCUACAACACCCGAAACACUCGAAGAAGCAGUUUCAGUCCGUUUUACCAAACGCUGCCUUGAUGGUGCUUCACAGUGGAUCACGUCGAUACGCGCGGCGCAUGUAGCCUUUGUUGGGCUGCUGCAGCCCGGAUUGCGGCCCAGUAGUGAAAAUGCGUCGCCAAGUUUGAAUCCGAGAGAGGAGGAGGCCGAGCUGCUGGCGUCGCCGCCUGGCCCACCAGAGGCUGAUGGCACGUACGUUUUACAGGAUGGCCCUGCAGAAGAGACACGGCGUCUGCUGCUGCCCAUCAUCUCCACCACAUAUGAAGCUGCGCUGGCAAAACUGAGGGCACGCAAUGGGAGCCUCGAUUUCCAAACGGAUCCGCGCGAUGCCAAGUUGGAAGCAUGCGGCGCCGCCCUGAGGCUUCUGGAAGAACUCUUCCAAGCAAUCAUGGAAGAUGGAGCGCCUCAGAGAGAACCUGCAAAGCCCCAUGAUUUCGGGGCGCUGGACAAUGUUCCUCCAUGGCUGGUCCAAUAUUUGGCUCGUGUGACGUCCGCUACGCCAUCUAAACUAUGGCGGCGAAGGAUCAUGGCAUUCCUGAAUCAAGUACCAUAUGAAUUUCUCCAUCUAGUCCAGCUGGCCCUCGACUGCAUGCCGGUCGACGAAAGCCAAGUCCUCACGCGCAGCGCUGAUGAGCCGCUGCCCUUGGAGGCCGCCCACAAGCCCGCCAUGGACAUCUUUGCGCACUGGCUGGUGCUGGUGAUGCUCCUGGACGGCGUGUGGUGGAUCGGGGACGUCGGGCACUGGGAGCUGGGCCGCAUCAUCCGAUUCAUAGCAGCGCAAGGCUUUGUGCUCGACUUGGUGGAGGGCGAGACGUGGUGGCCGGAAACCAUGUAUGCCAUCAAAUCCACCCUGGGCGGUGCAGUCUAG